CUGCCGUAGUUCGCGUUUUCACCUGGUCACCAGGCAGCCAUGGCGGCCGUUCUGAAGCCGGUGCUGCUGGGACUUCGAGAUGCGCCGGUGCACGGCAGCCCCUCAGGGCCGGGCGCCUGGAAUGCUAGCAAGCUGGGCGGCAUUCCGGAUGCUCUGCCUACCGUGGCUGCGCCCAGGCCCGUGUGUCAGCGCUGCGGGCAGCCGCUCGCCCUGGUCGUGCAGGUGUACUGCCCGCUGGAAGGCUCUCCGUUUCACCGUCUGCUGCACGUAUUCGCGUGCGCCUGCCCCGGCUGCAGCACCGGCGGUUCGCGCAGCUGGAAGGUGUUCCGCUCCCAGUGCCUGCAGGUUCCAGAGAGAGAGGCGCAGGACGCUCAGACACAGGAAAACAGCCUUGCAGCUGAGGACUGGUGUGAAGGUGCUGAUGACUGGGGAAGUGACACUGAGGAGGCGCCUUCACCACAGCUUACCUUGGAUUUUGGGAAUGAUGCCAGCAGUGCCAAAGAUGUAGACUGGACUGCUCGGCUCCAAGACCUCCGCCUGCAGGAUGCUGUCCUGGGUGCUGCCCAUCCUGUGCCUCCUGGGGAGCAGACCGCCUUGUCUCCUGGGCUGCCGCUAUUCCUGCCCUACUACAUCUGUGUUGCAGACGAGGAUGAAUACAUGGACUUUGUCAACCUGGAUCAUGCCCACAGCCUUCUGAGGGACUAUCAGCAGAGAGAAGGCAUUGCCAUGGAUCAGUUGCUUUCCCAAAGCCUUUCUAAUGAUGGUGAUGAAAAAUAUGAGAAAACCGUAAUUAAAAGUGGAGAUCAGACGUUUUACAAAUUCAUGAAGCGAAUUGCUGGUUGUCAGGAGCAGAUUUUGAGGUAUUCCUGGAGUGGAGAGCCACUCUUUCUGACCUGCCCUACAUCAGAAGUCACUGAGCUUCCAGCCUGCAGCCAGUGUGGAGGCCGAAGGAUAUUUGAGUUUCAGCUUAUGCCAGCACUGGUCAGCAUGCUCAAGAGUGCUAAUUUAGGUCUUUCUGUGGAAUUUGGAACAAUUCUAGUUUACACAUGUGAGAAGAGUUGCUGGCCCCCAAAUCAUCAGACCCCCAUGGAAGAAUUUUGUAUUAUACAAGAAGACCCAGAUGAAUUAUUGUUUAAGUAGAGCACUUCCUUUUAUUAAUAUAAAUUAAAACAAUUUUUAUGUUCAAAU